ACGAAACACGAAACUAUAAUAGCUUCUUUAGUUAGCCGUAGUGUUUGUAAUAAGAUCUAGAUCUCGACUCUAGAUCUAAUAAUUUUCUUUGAAUUUCAAAUCAGUUACUUACCAUGUCAACUGGGCGAGGGAGAGCUCGUGGUCGUUCUAAAGGCAUCAAUGACCUAGAAUACACUUCACCUGGAGGCUUGGCUUCCAGAAACUGGGCAGCUGAUGUUGAUGAGAAAGAGAGUGCAGACGGUGACGCUGGAUCCAGUGAUGGGGGGAGCCAUGUCACUGCUGUUGUGAACGGAACUGCCGCUGUGCAAGCCACCCUCUCCCUCACUGAUAUGAAGUCCAUCUUUGAUGACCCUAGGACCUACAGCGACCAGAACGACGUCAAGAAAAUCCUCACAUGCGCCAAACAUUUUGUGAGGACAGAAGAAGAUGUCAAGACAUUAGCCUCACUUAUAUAUAAUAAAGUUUUAGAUGAUUCCAGCCUUGCGAAAAAAGGCUCUGAAAUUUGUGAUAGUUUGACUUGUGUUGAAGUAGGAGCUGUUAAAUUUAGGAGUUGUUUGUUAGCACUAGUCCAGUCAGAUUACAAAGCUCGUAAAGAGUUGAUCCUUAAAGAUCCUACCAGGUUUUGUUGUUUUCUUGCAUUCCUGUGUGAAAUUUUUGGCAUCAUGCGGACGGCGACAGAUGAGGUUUUCAAGCCUCUUGUGAAACCAAUAUUUGAUUGCUUUAACCUCUUGUUGGGUCGAGAUGACACGACUGAAGAUGAUUAUGAUCACAGGGGAGGGGGCGAUGACACCAUUGUCAAUGACGAUGCUUGUGAGAUAUUUUCUGAGAAGCUCCAGUCUAUUGGGAGGCUGUUGGAAGAGAAUGCAGAGGAACAAAUGCUGCAAUUGAUUGACAACAUUAGGACAUGUAUCAUAAAUAGCAGGAGUUCCCCCAGGGUUCGCUGCUCCCUGCUGGAGGCCGUGGAAGCUUAUGCCAGAGGGUGGGAGAGUGCCAAGAAUGAAACAACCAGAUUUUAUUGUGAUAUGGCUGUGGGCAUCAUCUCAGGGCUUGUCUUGUAGAUCAUUGGUGUACCUUUGUGUGGGACAAAGCCAGCUCUUUUUUUUUGUAUAUACAAAUCUGAGAACCUUUGUCAUGUGUCUGGGUAUAGUUUGAUGGUAAAGGUGAAUGAAAUCUUUCAACCUGGUCUCAAAUUUUUAAAAGUUGACUAUAAUAAAUGUGUGUUUGUCGUUAAGAUUGACUUUGCCAACAGUUAUAGGUUUCAAAUUUUUAAUAAGGAUAAUUUCAUGAGAGAAAUUUUAAUUAAUUAUGUUGAUGUACUUUUGUUUAUAUGCAUUGUCAAAUUGAAAUGAAAGUAAUCUAUAGUGCGGAGUUACAAAGUAAGCUUUCCCUUAACUGGGCGUGACAUAAAAAAAACUAAAACUAUUCCCAACAAGCUGCAGCUAACCUGAAAAUGAAUACUUUUCUUGUUUUUUUUUCUUCUUUAAAACAACAUUCAUGUAUAUUAAGAUCACUUGACCAUGUUUAAAUCAGGUCCUGGUGAAUGAAUUGAACUGUCAGGCCAGUUUGUAACAUGACACCUGGCAAAUCUUGUAAAAUAUUUUAAUACAAAUCACCCAACCGUUUUACCCCCAAAUAAACAAAUUUGGCAGGUAACUAAUACUGUUGUAUUGCUGUACAUUAGCAUUGAUAAAUCUUUCACUCUUUAUAAAAUAAUUCAUGCAUGGUUGCCUAGGUAACUGCUGCAAUUUUGGAAAAA